AUUUCAGAUAUUGUAUUAAAUUUUCGAACAACGUACGUUAACAAGAAAGGUGAAGUGGUCUCCGAUUGGAGAUCGAUCUCAGUCAAUUAUCUUAGAACAUGGUUUAUUGUAGAUAUGUUAGCCGCUUUACCUUUUGACCUUUUACACGCUCUCUAUGGUGGUGAUAAUUCUUCGGUAUCAGCCACCUUCACAAUUCACAAUAUCCACCUCAUCAAAUUAACUAGAUUACUUCGUCUCGCACGAUUAUUGCAAAAGAUUGAUCGCUACGCACAAUAUAGCGCAAUGAUUUUAACGCUUCUUAUGCUUUCUUUCACUUUGAUGGCUCAUUGGCUCGCUUGUAUAUGGUUCGUCAUUGCGGAGAAUGAAAAAAAUAACGCAUUGGACUUGGGUUGGAUUUAUAACUUAGCGGAUCGAUUGAAAACGAACGUCUCGUUAGUUUCGCCAACAGAUCUUUACGUAACCGCUUUGUACUUUACGUGUUCGAGCUUGACAAGUGUCGGGUUUGGAAAUGUUAGCGCGAAUACAACGAGCGAGAAGAUAUUCAGUAUUUGCACCAUGCUAGUAGGAGCUUUGAUGCAUGCGGUUGUAUUUGGAAACGUGACCGCAAUCAUUCAGAGGAUGUACUCGAGAAGAUCCAUGUAUCAGAUCAAAUGGCGCGACCUCAAGGAUUUCCUCACGCUGCACCAGAUCCCCAAAGAGUUGAAACAGAGAAUGCAAGAUUACUUCCAAACGAUGUGGUCGUUAAAUCACGGCAUUGACAUUCACGAUACUUUGAGGGAAUUUCCUGAAGAACUACGCGGCGACGUUUCCAUGCAUCUGCAUCGAGAAAUUUUAUCACUACCAAUUUUUGAAGGGGCCUCUCAAGGAUGUUUGAAGUUACUCUCACUUCACAUAAGAACGAAUUUUUGCGCACCUGGCGAAUAUCUCAUCCAUAAAGGCGACGCUCUAAGUUAUAUUUAUUACAUAUGUAAUGGAUCUAUGGAAGUUGUUCAAAAUAAUAUGGUUGUUGCCAUUUUAGGAAAAGGUGAUUUGGUUGGUAGCGAUAUCAAUAUGCACCUUCAACACCCAUCAAACGGGCCAUCUGUUGGGACGGGUUCUGUGCCAACAGAUCACGUAAUAAAAUCAAGCAGCGAUGUUCGCGCCCUUACUUAUUGCGAUUUAAAGUGUAUCCACGUACCAGGACUAAUAGAAGUUCUACGUCUUUAUCCGGAGUAUCAACAAGAAUUCGCCAACGAUAUUCAACACGAUUUAACAUUUAAUGUUCGAGAAGGGUACGAAGUAGAACAAGAGUCGGACGUAAAUGGAGUACCUUCAUUAACCCUCCCUUCCAUCAGCGAGGACGACGAAAAUGCCCACGAAGAAGGAGAAACAUCGCCCUUGUCUCCAAAUAGAUCUCCGGUGCACGCCACACAAUUAUCUAAUAGUCCAAGACACGCAAAAUUUAAUUUAAGAUUACAAGAAAUUCAUGAAGCAAGAAAUCGUCCAAGAUUAGGAGGAGUAGCAACGAAUAAUUUGGCAUUUCUUCGUCAACGCGUAGAAAGACAAAGAAGUGUUCCAUUGGCAGCAAAAAAUGAUUCUUUAGAAGAUGUAAACACGGAAUUGAAAAAUGAUGUUGAAAAUACUAAGAAUAGCGUUGAAAGACUCGACAAUCAAAUUUCUUCUUUACAUCAAGACGUAGCUACUUUAAGUCUUGAGGUGAGAAAUGCAAUCCAAGCACUCCAAGAAAUGACCACACCAACAACAAGCGGCCCCACAUACGCAGCGCAUUCUAAUCCGAACAUAAACAGACUUCACGGAAACUCUCAAGACGUUAUUUUAGCUAGAAGCAAUUCUCAUCCGCCUGAAAUGUGGUGGGAAGAGCCGUUAAGUCCGCCGAGAUUACAACUUUUUAAUAGACAUUUCAUUAGCGUUGAAACUCAAACGGAUUUUGACGAUCAAUUUCGAGAUUAUGUUCUGCAAGAUCCCAUUGGCGUUCUUCGAAUUUUAGGGUUGGACCCGGAAAUUCUUUCGAAAAACAACAUGUCUAUGAAGAAAAGUCGAAGUACGCCAGACGCAUCGGAACGAUUUUAUUUGAACGAAAACAAUGAUCCCAAUCCGUCGAUUCAUUUUAAUCACGUCGGAGAUGAUUACGAUGCGACGAUGGCAAAACAAUUUUUUCAACCUUUACCUCCGAUUCCAGAAGAUCGAGGGAGAUUAAAAUUCUCGCGAUUGCAUGAAAAUGUGUAAUCAUUAUUAUGAAUAUUAUUAGAAUUAUUAUUUUGUUAGAAUUUUUUACAACUAUUCCAUUAUGAUACAAAAGAUUUCGAAAAUGAAAUGUAUAAUUGAUUUAUUUCGAUUCGGUGGUAUCCAUCGAGUUAAUUAAAAUGAAUUGGUGAUGAUAAUGUUAUUAUAAUUGAUUCGAAUUUGUAUAUACACUUCUUGUAUCUGGUUGCAACGGUUUGAAAAGAGAAAUUAUGGUGUUGCGAAAAACUUUUUUUCUAAAAUGGUCCAUUAGAUUAAUUUCUUAGCUAAAUAAUUAUUGGAUUAUUAAGAUUAAUGCAUUAAAAACGGCCUAUUUAAAAAGAACUUAGUAAAUAAAGUGAGAAUCUUAAUUUUUUUCCCAUAACCCUUAACUUAAUUAGAAGAAAUUUCGCAACAAACAUAUCAUUGUGAUCUUUGUAAGAGUAGUGCCUAAAAUGUGAUUCUAUCUCAUAUAGAAAAAAUAUUGUCUCUAUUAUCUUAAACUAAGAUAUAUGAUUCUUCUUAACUUAUAAUCAGUUCUAUAAUAACACUUCAUAGAAACAUUACAUUCCAUUUUAUUGCGUAAAUUAAAAGUGAAAUAUCGUGAUCAAUUUUAAAAACUAUAUAUUUAUAUUAUUAUAGGCAUAUGUGUACCUUUAAUCGUUGGUUUACUUAAAAAUAAAUCGAUUCUUUUUAAAAA